AUGCAUGACAGUCCUCCAAGCACAGCUCCAGGAUCCUAUGUGGCAACAUCUGGUCACUCCAAUACCCAAGCGCAUGAUGACUUUGCGUGGAUGGAUCAAUCCUUACAAACAUUGCCUGCGCACCAACCCACCCAUAAUGUUCAAUCGUCAUCGGAUCAAGCAACGGAUUCUGUCACCACGUUACCAUCUCAAACCUUUGAAAGCGAAGAGUCAAUAUCAAGACAAUUACUACCGAUGGAUCCGUCACAAGUCUCCAGAGGGCUUCCUCGACGGAGAAGUAGGUAUCUAAUACAGAAUUUCGACCAACGAUCGAAUGCCAUAUUCGUGCCCCCGGUCGGACAUCCAGCGGAUCCGCUGGAACGCUGGAAAGAGUCGCCCCCGGAAGGAGAAGCUGCGAGUCUAUCGGCCAUCCAGAACGCGCUUGAAGAUUCGGCGAUGUAUCCCAGCAGAGUUCUAAGCCCAGGCAUGCCUGAUUCCAGGGCAGGGAACUCUUUCCAAUCGUAUCGUCGUUCAGGAUCCCGCGCAACUUCAACAACUAGUGGAGAGAGCGCUACAAGUGCGUCUUCUCAGCGCUCUAAUCGCUCAGUAUUCUCUGCCUUAUCCAGUGGCGCAGGAGUCAAAAAGAAACAAACCGGUGCAGGCAGGCAAAAACGCAGCUCGGCCAAUAAUGCACGCAUAUUUUGCUGUACCUUUUGCUGUGACAAGUUCAAGAGCAAAUUUGACUGGAUGCGCCACGAAAAGACUCUACACCUGAAUCUAGAAACAUGGGCUUGUGCCCCCUUUGGUGGGUCUGUGGUUUGGGAAACCACUGGCAGAGCCCAUUGCGCCUAUUGCAAUCAACUUGAUCCAUCAUUAGAGCACCUUGAGCAACACAACUAUGGGCCCUGUCAAGAAAAAACGCGUACUUUUCGGAGAAAAGAUCAUCUCAUGCAACAUCUACGACUCUUCCACCGCCUUGAGACAACUCCAAUAGUGAAUGAUUGGAAACUUGUCAAGACAGAUUUUCCCCCCCGAUGCGGAUUCUGCGACACUCGGAUUUCCAACUGGGAGGAGCGGGCUGAUCAUUUGACAAUGCACUUCCGCGAUGGAUGCACCAUGGCCAACUGGGCAGGCGAUCAUGACUUUCCUCCGGAUAUUACCGCACAAAUCACGCACAGUGUCCCGCCCUAUAUGCUUGAUUUUGAGUCCCGGACUUUCAUUCCAUUCUCAGCCACAAGCAGAGAUGCAAAUGAUCAUCUCUCUCAGAUGCUGUCUCGAGCCGCGUACGUGAGUGCUGCAGGCGAGACUGAUCCCCUUACAGAGACGCCGGAGAUGGAAAUGCCGCCGGUCCAAGAACCCCAGUUGGAAUCUUACACAGAAGUCCUCACGCGUCAUCUAAGUCAUUAUGCACGACGUAUGAUGAGCAGUGGUAUAAUUCCCACUGACGAAAUGUUUCAGUUGGAGGCAAGACAGCUUUUGUUCGAUUCUGAGGAUCAGUGGAACCAAACGAUGGCCGAUAAUCACGAGUGGUUGACCAAAUUUCGAGAAGAGCACAGCACCAAUGAUGCUCUUCGGCCCCCAGAAUGA